AUGUGCGGCGCCAAGUCCGUGCGACGACACCUGCGCGAUGGUGGCGAGGAAGAAGAGCAGAUGGAUGGGGUGGUGGAGCGGCUGGAGGAGAUGAUGGCGCAGUUCGUGGAGGAGGAAGGGGCGGACGGGCAGCUGGCGCUGGUGGUCUUUCUGCGUGACUCGGGCGCCUACGCGUGCGGGCCGCUGAUGGGCCUCUUCAAGCUCGUCCAGCAGCGGGCCAUCUACGCGCCGGCCUUCCGCAUCAAGCUCUUCCUCCGCGAGCUGGGCCUCAUGACCAAGGACAUGCACGGCCCCAACGCCUGGCGCAUCUUCGUCGACUUCGAACGUGGCCACCGACAGCGCCGCGCCGGCGAAGACGAAGCUGAAGGAGAAGAUGAAGAUGAUGGUGAUGCAGGAGAGGAGGGUGAGGUGGUGGUGACGCACACGCGACGCGAGAAGUCGUCGGCGAACCGGGAGGAGGACCCCGAGCACUACUUCGAGGUCGAGUGGCGCCUCACGCUGGUGACCGACCGGCGGCUCGCAACGCUCGUGCGGGUGGACCUGGCCGUGAUCGACUUCGAGCCGCACCCGCGCAUGCCCGACCCGCUCCGCGCGCACAUCCGCGACGCGCUCGCUCGUUGCUGCGCGCCCUGA